AUGGAUGUUAUAUUUCCAUCAAAUCAAUCAGAAGAUGUUUCAAAACAACAUCAACAUCAGCAACAACAAGUAGAACAACAACAAGUAGAUCAACAUCAACAAGAACAAGUAAAUAAUUUAAUUAGUGGUAUAAAUAUUAAUAAUAAUAGUAAUAAUAAUAAUAAUAUAAAUAAUAAUAAUAAUAAUAGCAAUUAUAGUAAUAAUAUAAAUAGUGGUGUAGAUAAUAGUUUUCAAGAAGAAGCACAAGAGUCAGAUGAUAUUGAUAUAGAUAGUGGUGAUAUCGAUAUUGAAGCAGACGAGAAUAACACAAGUAAUUGUAGUAGUUUUGAAGAUUAUGAGGAGGAUAUCGAUGAAGACGACGAUUCAACUACAAGCGAUAUAGAAGACCAUCUUUUUAUAAAUAAUAGUAAUAAUAAUAAUCUAAAUAAUAAUAUCAAAAGUAGUGCACCAGCAUUUAAUUUACCAACCGUCAUAUGUUUACCAUCACCAAACAACAACAAUAAUAAUAAUAAUAAUAAUAAUAUUAAUAAUAACAAUAACACAUCAUCAGUAAAUCCACAUACCGACAAUCCAACAAUUGUUAUUCCAAAAUUAACACUAUCACCCAAUAACAAUAAUAAUAAUAACAAUAAUAACAAUAAUAAAUUGACUGAUCAACAAUUAGAAAAUAAUUUAGAUAAAAUUAUAAUUAGUACUGUUAACGUUGUAGAUAAUAAAAAUAGUAAUAAUAAUAAUAAUAGCAGUAGUAAUAAUAAUAAUAGUUUAUCAUUAUCUUGUAAUAGUAUAUUGUUAGCGGAAGAACGUGGACCAUCGACACCGACCAGCAGUAGAAGCGAAGCAUCCAGUAACAUGUUGUUGACUCCUACCAAGAAGGACUCUGGACGUCCAAAACGUUUUUCAAUCUCAGAGAUUUCACUGACCGACAAGGAAAAAGAAAAAGAGAAAGAAAAGGAGAAAGAACGUGAAAAAGAAAGAAGAAAACAAAAGAAGAAAGAGAAAGAGAAAGAGAAGGAGAAAGAAAAAGAAAAAGUAAAGGAUAAAGAUGGAAAACAUUCAAGUCCAAUUAAAUCUUCAUCCAAUAAACUUAGAUCAAGUUUAUCAACUACUUUUCUUUUUAAUAAAGGUGGUGUUGAUCAGCAACAACAAGAUCAACCAACAUCUUCAUCAUUGCCAACAACUCCAUUGGCUUCACCAUCCACAAAACAACAGAUCAAUAACAACAACAACAAUCAACAACAACAACAACAAUCAAUUGUAAAUAGUAAUAAUUUAACAUCUUCAAAUAGUAGUAAUAUAAGUAGUGGUUUAGGUAGCAGUCUAACAGCAAGUGGCAGUAGCAGUAGUAAUAAUAAAGAUGGUAGCAGGAAAGGAGGUAUCUUGUUUUUCAAGAAAUCACCAAGUAAUACCAAUCUUUAUGAAUACACUUCACAAGAUCAACAACAACAACAACAACAACAAGAAAAGCAGAGUAACAGUUCGUUCAUCUCUAGAAAUUCAAAUGUAGAGUCGACUUCACCACCAUCGUCAAACUCUGGAUUUCUUACGAUGAGCCAAUCAAAAAAGAAGCACAAAGGUAGAAUAGGUGAUCUUUUUAGCUCCAAGAAGAAGAGUAGCACUCUGACAGACCAGCAGUUGCAAGCAGCACAAGAAGACCUGCAAUUUAUCAACAACCCACUGAAUACCACAGGCAACCAUCUCAACCGAUCGGAUUCAAAGAUAAGAAUAUCGGUAUCGGAGUCUGAUUUACUCAGUAGAAUGGCGACAGACGACGGUAAUUGUUCACCACCUCAAGAAAAGAACAAUAAGAACGGUAGUGGUAAUAAUAAUAAUAAUAAUAAUAUGAAUGUACCAAUAUUGAUAACUACAAUGGUUGAUGAAGUCGAUACAAAGAGAUCACCUUCUAUGAGUAGAAGAAUGUCGAUUGAGAAAUCAAAUUCAGAGCCGACAAUCUCUAUGAAUGGAACACCGACAUCGUCAUCGGCACCGUCAUCACCCACCAUUCAACCCGUUGAUCUUCUCAGUGAGGACGACGUCAACCGUAUGAAAGUAAAGAAGCUCUCACUCGAACGUCAACUCAUGAGAAGAAAGACAGUGGAAGAGUUGAAGCUUGAAAAUAUAUUGGAACAAACUGAUUUAGAAGAUGUUGCAAAAGAACAAAAACAAAGAGAAAUGAGAAAACAUAGAUCUUUUGUUGGAACUAGACCAGCAAAGAAAGUACAAUUCUUCUCAACACCGGAUGAAGAGGAGUCUGUUUCACAUUUCGUGCCGUCUUCGUCGAGAAGAGACUCUGUUUCAAGUAACCAAUCAUCGGAUAUCGAAACUGAUGUCUGUUUCAUCUUGAUCCAAAACUCACCGGGUUGGCGAAGAGAGAUUGACUCGCCAGAGUUCCAAAUGUUAAAAUCAAAAGGUAGAUCAGUUGCACAUCUACUAGAGGAAUACGAGAAUGAGGUUCAACACUAUGCAAAUUCAUUUGUAAAUAGCAAACACAAGAAUUUCCUAUCAGUUGAUCAUAAUAAUAGUCCAGGUGGAACUGGACCUGUAAUUAUAAGUAUAAAGAAAGAAGCAGAGAAAACACAGAAGAAAAAGAGACACCACAACGGUGGUAAAGACUCUGGAAAAGACGCAGCACCUUCCAGUCCAAUCUUUGCCAUGGAGAGAAAGUACAAGGUCAUCAUUAGAUCGCACGAUGGUGAAGAUCGAUUCUAUCUAUCCUCUGGUAAAGCAUCUCCAAAUGAGCUAAUGAAUGUUAUAAAGUCAUUCUGUUUACCAUUGACCAAUAUAACAUUCAAAAAGAUCAAGACCAAUCAAGAUACCAAAAAGUUGUUACAAUACUGGGAGGAUUCACAGAUCACUAAAGAAUAUAGAUUCGGUAUUCUCUACAGAAAGAAAGAUCAAUUCACAGAGAAUGAGAUGUUUUCAAAUGUAGAUACCAGUCCAGAGUACGACGAAUUCCUCGAAUUCAUCGGUAAGAAGAUUGAAUUGAAAGGAUGGAAUCAAUUUAAAGGUGCAUUAGAUGUUAAAAAUAAUUCAACAGGUACACAUUCAAUUUAUACAACAAAACAAUUCCCGAUUGAUGAUAAUACAUUGAAGGAUGUCGGUAGUCCACCAUUCAAACCAUCGACCAUUCGAUCAGAGUUCAACCAUGUAUUCAUCGUAGUGCAACCACACGCUAAACAAUCACCGAACGAACAAACCAAAUACUCUAUAUCAGUGGCUUUCAAAGAGGGUGUCGGUUGUUUCGGUCCUUCAUUCCCAUCGACUAAAAUCUGGAAGAAAGAUCAUCAUCUAUUGGAUCAUCUAUUAAUUAAAAUGAUCAAUGCAGAGAAAGCAUCAUAUUAUGCACCACCAUUCCAUGAGAAAUGGAAGAAAACAAGAUCGAUCAUCUUAAAGACAAUUCUUGAAAAGAUUGAAACCUGA